CCUACUCACUCUGAAAAUGACAGCGCAUUGCGCAAAGCGAGGUUGAGUGUGCAUGUUACACGGUUAAACAUGUUAAAAAGUUUUUCUGAAAUUUUAGUUUUAUGUUGCAUCCGGUGUCUAAAUCACAGUAUAAGAACUGAUAUAUUGAACUUUUCUCCGUCUUGAUUAAGUGACAAACUUAGGAAAAUACUUAGUGAAUAAUAUAAUUUAGAUUUUUGCUUAUUGUAAGUUGCGUGCCCAGCUCCACAAAAAACAACACAAUGCCUAAAGGAAAAAGAAAAGGAAAAUUCGAGCAUAGAAGAACAGAGCAGCCCUAUUCCUCAGACGAAGAUGCAGGAAUAGACAUGACCAUAGAUAAUAUGUCAGAGACAUCAGGCGCAUCCGAUUUAAAGAGCAACCAUGACGACGCAGAGAGCGAGAUCCAAGAGAAACUGGAGGAGAAAGUGUUGGAGACAAUCGAUGCCCUGAGCGCCCGGUCGAACGCCGCCCGCGCAUCUGCUUUAGUGGCGCUGCGCGGUGCGCUGCAGCGCCGCUACCUAGCGCCGCUGCUCGGCAACCAGCGCGCCACGCUUGCCGACCACGUCGCGCGCGCUGUCCGCCGCGGCCGCGAUGCCGAACGCCGCGCCGCCGCCGCCAUCGCGCCACUCCUGGCGCUGCAGAUCGGUGAUGAAGGAACAGAAGAGUUCACGCAGGAAGUACGACCAGCUCUUGCCGCCACCGCCAUAGACAAAUCCGCCUCGCUCGAUACUCGCACAGAGUGCUGCUCAUCCCUCGCGGUGCUUUGUUAUUUACUUGAAGAGGACCUCACUGAGAUAUUGGAAGUGAUGCGAAUGUUCGAGACUAUAUUCAGCGGCAGCUAUCUCAAGGGCGACGGUACGGUGAAAGUGUCGGGCACUGUAGUGGAGGAGGGCCAGUGGCACGCGGCGGCCGUGGACGGCUGGGCGCUGCUGCUGACGCUGCUGCCGCCCGAACACGCGGACGCGCUGCUGCACAACCAGCCGCCCUCCUUCGCCAAACUCGCAGAGCUGCUCGAGGCACACAGCUUGGAGGUCCGGCUGGCGGCGGGCGGCGCGCUGGCCAUCGCCCACGAGCACGUGCACGGCGAUGAGGAGGAGGAGGGGGAGGGCGAGGAGGGUGCUGCGGACGAGCUGGGCGCGCAGCUGCGGCCGCGCCUCGAGGAGCUGGCGCGCGACUCACACAAGUACCGCGCCAAGCGCCACCGCAAGCUGCAGCGCGCCACCUUCCGCGACGUGCUCAAGUACUUCGAGGAGCGGUGGACGCCGGAGAUGGAGGUGCACGUGGGCGGCGGCGAGAGCGUCCGCGCGGAGGGCUGGGCGGCGCGGGCGGCGUACGGCGCGCUCGCCGCCGCGCUCGGCGCCGGCCUGCGCGCGCUCGCGCCGCACGCGCCCGCCCUGCGCGCCGCGCUCGGCCUGCCGCCCGCGCCCGCCGCGCGCGCCGCCCGCCUCGCGCGCCUGCCGCGCCUGCAGCGACAUCUACAGAACAACGCGGCAGACAAGGCUCGCACCGUGGCUCGCGCCAAGAACAGGGACAAGCGCUCCGCGGCGCUCGCCAUCUGAUCACCGCCUGUCAGCUGUCACCUGACACCUGUCAACUGUCCCCUGCUAGCACCGCGCACGAUGACUACAGAGGUCGCCACAUCUCCAUAAUCUUUAAUCCAACAAAUUGUUGUGUUCAGAUUUGUAAAUAUUACUUCAAUUUAUUAAUGACAUGUCUAUAGUACCGUAUCUCAGCAAGGUCCUCUGAAAGGACAUUUUCGACUCAAUUGGAUCUCUAUUCACUAAUUAAUCACCAUAACGGCGGAUUCCGACGCUCAAAAAAUAUUCGGUCGUUGCAUAGUUUUAGAACCCUGAAGCUUAGUUUGACGCUAGCGAUCUAGAUACGGAUAGCGUUAUUAAAGUAGGCUAGUUGGUGAACCAAUGAAAUACUUGAAUUGUUUUCGAAAAAAAAAAACAAAAAAUGUUGGAACUGCCUGUGGAGGUGAGGUUUGCUUAUUAUUUCACAGAGCAUACUGUUAGUUUCCCGCAUUACAUUAAACAAUAGAUUUAGUUUUAUGUAUAAUGUAAUUAUCAUUAACACAUUUCCAUUCCUUUGUGAUGUUCGAUGUAUUUUAAAUAUUCAUAUUAUAAUUAUUGUUGUUCUCAUAUCGUUUUAUAUUAGGUCAACUUACUCCAUAUCUUGGUGACGUGACACACUUGCCUGUGUUUCAAUUAUAGCUCUAAUUAUUAUUGAAGUUUUAGUGAAAUAUUUAAAUAUUUUAAUUAUACUUAUGUUGUAUUAUUGAUUAUAUAAUAUUUAUACAAAGUCCACUGUUGGGAUUUUCUCAAUGUUCUCAAUUUAUUUUCAUUAUUUUAUUAGCCCAAUUUUCUUUAACGGUGAUUUUAUUAUUGUCGCCAUGUUAUACCAAUCAAGCUGUGGAGUAAGCGAGUUGUUUUAUAACGGUUGGUACGUAUUUAGUGAACUUGUGCUGGAAGGGUUACGAUUAUAUCAUAUUUGUAGUACCAGCCCACGUGGUGGGCAGUGCGACUCAUUUUAGUUUGUAUAAAAUCUCUGUAAAUAUUAUUUUCGUUGACGCAGCCGCCUACAUUUGUACAUUAAUUAGGCUAUACGGAAUGUUGAAAUAAUAUUUAUUUUGAGAAACAA